AUUGUUUAUACUAUUUUGAGAGAAACUACCAGGUCAGCAUGGAGAUGAUAACAGAGAAAAUCAAGAAGCUAGGGCUGCCUCCUCUUAUUUCACGAAAUUUCCAACAAUUUUCUUGUGAUGGUCCUGUUAUUCGAGUCAUGCAGUUCAACAUGCUUGCACAGGGACUUACCAGUGGCGAUGGCAAUUUUAUUGCAUGCCCUCCAGCAGCUCUUAAACAUGACACACGAAAGCUACGUAUUGUAGAAGAAAUCCUGCGUUAUUCUGCUACGAUUGUAUGCCUGGAAGAAUGUGAUCUGUUUGAGUACCUGACAGAGACAUUAGCUGCCUGUGGGUAUGUUGGACUUUUCUUUCCUAAGCCACACUCCCCAUGUUUAGAAAUGCCCGAAAACUGGGGCCCGGAUGGUUGUGCAUUGUUUUACAAGCCAUCAGUGGUCACGCUACGCAAUUCAAACAGCUUUCCGUUAAAAGAAGGUAUGAACACUGCAAACCAAGUGAUGAUCAUGGCUGUUUUCAACUUGAAUGCUGACAGUGAUUUCGUGUUCAAUGUAGGUGUUACUCAUUUGAAGAGCAAAAAACCUUACAGAGAGCAACGAAAGCUACAGGGUGAGUUCAUUCGUAAAUAUUCGCUAGAAAAUUGCCAGGAUUACCCUCUCAUAAUUUGUGGUGAUUUCAACGCAGAGCCCACAGAACCAGUCUGUGAGUUAAUGAAGUCCAGUGGGCUGACCAGCGCCUACACAAGCCUGAGCCCAGAUAAGAAAACGGAGCCCAAGUUUACGACCUGGAAAAUCCGGCCGGGCUCUGAGGAGUGUCAUGUCAUUGACUACAUUUGGUACACGGCAUCAGGGUUCAAGGUCAAGGCAUUACUGGAUGUUCCAUCUGAGGAAGAGGUCGGAAAGGAUCGGCUACCGUCUUUAAGAUACCCCUCAGAUCAUAUCUCACUUGUCUGUGACUUUGCUAUUGUUAAGUGAAAUGAAUGAGACCACUAAACAUGUGGCAUUUGGUUCUUUUGUGGAAAUCAAAUAUUGUCUAGUAUUGAUAAUGAAGUUGUAAGAAUGAACAGCUGAUUUUUUAAAAUCAAUACGGCUGAAGUAGCAUCUAUAUUUUUUAUUUAGUUAUAAAUAACUUAGAACAUAUAUUUGAUAAAUUGUAGGAAUCACAUUAACAUAAUCUGACUCGUAUACAUAUUAUCCAUGCAGAUAGCAAAAAGCCCUUGUCUAUUUUUAGAAGGACUUUCUCCAAAACAUUGUAUUUUAACGAGACAUUAUAGGUAUUAUUAUUACACUAUUACAUGAUUGUUAAUCGACUGAACUUUAUGAUUGUUGAAUUCCUGAGAUUGCAAUUAAGUGUUUUGGCCUCAUUUAAAAUCAUUUGAAAUUUGCGUCGCCAUCGGAGACAUACAUGCUUUAAAUCAAGUUAGUUAUUUAAGUAAUGUACAACAAUACACAAACAACAGUACAGGUAGUUUGGAAUAUAAGCAUAAAUAAACUUUAUUUUCAUGUAGUUUUUUAUAUCCCUGUCUCUUAGUCUUGCAGUGAGUGUGUUCUUUUACAUUUAAGUGUUAUGUCUGUGUCCCUUUGUUAAUGUUUAGUGUUGAUUUGUCAAAAUCCAAGAUUUUCUUCUAAUGUAAUUUGGAAAAUUUUAUAAAUAGAAUAAUAGGUUAGUGUUGAUUAUAGAUCAGGUUUAUCAUGCUCGGCACGAAAACGAAAAGAAAAAGCACUCGCCAAGGCUCGUGCUAUUUGUUUUCCAAGCCUCGCAUGAUAAACCUGAUCUAUAAUCAACACUAACCUAUUAUUCUCUAUGUAAAAAUCUGGAGUAUACUGAUAAAAUAUUAAUGCUCUGAAUAGAUCUCUAAAUACGAAUUCAGACUACUCCAACAUUAUUUAAAUGUAUACCAUUGUUUUUGUGCACAUCUUGCAAAAUAAGAUUUGAUAGUGGAAUAAAGUUGAUAAAACAU